UUCUCCUGCAGCACAGUACGGCAAUUGGGAGUGAUGGGCAUUCAUCGACUCUCUAAGCCAGAAAAUCCGUCGACGCUGGCGACGAUUAAAUCGUCGAUUCCUGCUGCCACGCGCUUGCCCCCCUCCCCCCGCCAGGGCAUUUAAUAUGCAAAUUAGCUCGUGUGCGAGAGAUGGUGGGGGAGGGAUUGGGGGGGGGUCUGGCUUGUCCAAUCAGAGUGCGAGGUCGGAGGAGGGAGAGGGACUUCCGUUCGUCCAAUCGGAGCGCUGAGUGGGAGGAGAGUUGGUAAGGCGGGGUCUGGGCCCGUCCAAUCAGAGCGCGCGCCGGAUUUAAAUGCCCUCGCAUCACGUGGCGGACGCCGCCCGGCAAGAUUUCCCCGGCACUUUUUUUUGCCACGUGUUCGGCCUCCACGUGGUCUAACGUCGCCUUCGCGAGGAACUUUUUCCCGCCACUCCCCCCCUACCACCACCACUCGCGAAGCUCAUUUAGGGAAGUAACUCCCCUCCACCACCCUGUUUUAAAACCAGUUUGUACUUUCCGCCAGUUGUACUACACCCCCCCCCCCCCGCCAUUUGUUACGAUCCGCCAGAUUACGGGCCACGUCUUUUUGCCCCCCCCCACCUCUCGAUCCGCCGUCUGACGAGUUGUGGGGCGACCCCGAGAGGAUUGAGCAGAGAGAUCGGGGAUCAAAGCAUCCCCGCCGGGAGUUUACGGCGCGUGGGUGAACCCCGUGGUGGUGGUGGUGGAGGCAGCGGGCGGUUUGGAGAAGCGAGCGGCCGCUGCUGAGCCAUGGAGACGGAGGCGGUGCGAGCGGGGGAGGGAGGGGAGAGCACCGCGAGUUCGGAGUGCGAGUCGUCGGGCUGCGAGGACCGCCUCGCCUCUCUCCGCCGCCUUGCUCUCCUCGUCUCGGCCGUCUCCAUCGUCGCCACUGCCGGCAUGGGGGCCGCCGCCUUCGUGGUCUCCGUGCUGCAGAAAAGUGCAGCCGCGUUCGCAUUUGCGGUGGGGGCCGUGCUGGACACACUCACCUCGGUGGUGGUCGCCUGGAGGUUCAGCAAAGUCGAGGUGCCCUCUUCACGCCGUGAGCACGGGGCGUGCAUGGCGCUGGGGGCCGUGUUCCUCGUCUCCUCCGCGUUCAUCGCCGCUAAAUCCGCGUUCGGCCUCGUGCAGCGCUCCCAGCCACAGGGGGGCGUGUUCCUGCACGUGGUGUCGGUGCUCAGCGCCAUCCUCUGCGCCGUCCUCGCUCUCCUCAAGUUCCUCCUUGGCACCGCACUUUCCAGCCGCGCACUCACCACGGACGGCUGGAACUCGCUGGCAGGCGCUGUGAUGGCGCUGGCCAUGGUGGUGGCCGUGGAUCUGACCCCACGUCAUCCUGCGGCCUGGUUCUUGGACGCGAGCCUGGGACUCGCCAUGGGGGUCGCCUUCCUCACCCUCGGAAUCCGGCUGCUUGUGUACUCGGUGCCACGUUGGAGGGCAUCGGUGCACUACGAGGAGCUGCCCUGACCCCGACCUGCAGCCCUGACCCCGACCUGCAGCCCUGACCCCGACCUGCAGGCCUGACCCCGACCUCCAGCCCUGGAUGCGUGGAGUCGAGGGGGAUCGAGGAUUCGUGGGAUCAAGAGGCGUUUUACCAGUUUUAUAGAAAAUAGCGUGGGUACCGUUACCAAGGAGAUGCCUCGCGGUUGCCCCGGCAACCAAG